AAACGGCACGAUACCGCCGCGACGCUUCGCACCCAGGUGCCAUCGCCAUGGACGUGAACCGCAUCUUCUCCGCCGAGCAGAUCGAAGUGCCGCCGGAUCUGCCAUUGGUUCUGAAGGAAUGGACGAAGGACGUCAUUCGCACGUCACCAGACGACUUGGCUGUCUUCUCGUUGCAAUGGUUCAAGGAUCGCGCGAAUGAACUAGGAGGUGGGUCGCUCACGGCCGACGAGCUCGAGAACAUCCGCAAGCUGUUUGAGCAGUACGAUGUGGAUGGGAACGGGAAGAUGGAAGCACGAGAACUCAAGAGCUUCAUCGUUCAAGACUUGGGCUUGGAUAUUUCGGACAACGACCUCGACGCUGUCGUCGCACUUCUCGACACCGACAACUCGGGCUUCCUCGACUUUAACGAGAUCAUGAAGUGGUAUGGCGGCCAGAUCUAGCACGAUCCACCCUCGUCGGCCCAUCGCGUGGCACGAUCGACGACACCUCCAUGUGGAAGAAAUCACGAGCGACGACACUCGUCGCCAUGCAGUGAAUGCAACCUCAUUUUACGUCGA